UAACGGAUCCUGAAAGCCUUUUGGGAUAACUGCUUUGUUUUAAUCUGACUUUCCCACUUUUGAAUAAAGCAGAAUUUGAAGCCCUGGCUUUAGUUCACAUGCAGAAAAAUAGAACAUAAGCUGCUGAGUACUGGCCCCACAGAGCCAUGGUCCAUCCGAGAGAAACUGUGUUUAGCCUCCUCUGUCAUGAGAAGUGGAGAUCAAAAUUGGGUAUCAGUUAGCAGAGCAAUUAAGCCAUUUGCAGAACCUGGCCGCCCUCCAGAUUGGUUCUCUCAAAAACACUGUGCUUCUCAAUACUCAGAGCUCUUGGAGACCACUGAGACCCCAAAACGGAAACGGGGUGAAAAAGGAGAAGUGGUAGAAACCGUUGAAGAUGUUAUUGUUCGGAAACUGACUGCUGAGAGAGUUGAGGAACUAAAGAAAGUGAUAAAGGAAACCCAGGAGAGAUACAGACGGUUGAAAAGAGAUGCAGAACUAAUUCAAGCCGGACACAUGGACAGCAGACUGGAUGAGCUUUGCAGUGACAUUGCAAUGAAAAAGAAGCUAGAGGAAGAGGAGGCUGAAGUAAAGAGGAAGGCUACAGAUGCUGCAUACCAAGCUCGUCAGGCAGUGAAAACACCCCCUCGGAGGUUACCCACUGUGAUGGUCCGAUCUCCAAUAGAUUCAGCCUCCCCAGGAGGUGAAUAUCCCCUUGGGGACCUGACUCCAACCACUGUGGAAGAGGCUGCCUCUGGGGUAACCCCUGGGACUUUGCCGAAUACCCCAGUCACCUCGUUUCCUGGGAUUCCUGACACCCUUCCUCCAGGCUCUGCACCCUUAGAAGCCCCCAUGACCCCAGUAACAGAUGAUUCACCCCAGAAAAAGAUGCUUGGACAGAAAGCAACUCCACCCCCCUCCCCUCUGCUGUCAGAGCUCUUGAAGAAAGGCAGCCUCCUGCCUACCAGCCCCAGACUGGUCAAUGAGAGUGAAAUGGCUGUGGCUUCGGGCCACUUGAACAGUGCGGGUGUCCUUCUGGAGGUAGGCGGGGUCCUUCCCAUGAUUCAUGGUGGGGAGAUACAGCAAACACCCAAUACUGUUGCAGCCUCCCCUGCUGCCUCAGGUGCUCCCACUCUUUCCCGGCUUUUAGAAGCUGGUCCUACACAGUUCACCACACCUCUUGCUUCCUUCACUACUGUUGCCAGUGAGCCUCCAGUUAAACUUGUGCCACCCCCUGUAGAGUCUGUCUCCCAGGCUACCAUUGUCAUGAUGCCUGCGCUGCCAGCACCAUCCUCUGCUCCGGCUGUCUCCACUCCUGAAAGUGUAGCUCCAGUGAGUCAGCCUGAUACCUGUGUUCCUAUGGAAGCUGUGGGAGAUCCACAUACUGUGACUGUUUCCAUGGACAGCAGUGAAAUCUCCAUGAUUAUUAAUUCUAUCAAAGAAGAGUGUUUCCGAUCAGGGGUAGCAGAGACCUCUGGAGGAUCAAAGGCUCCCAGCAUAGAUGGGAAGGAAGACUUAGAUCUGGCUGAGAAGAUGGAUAUUGCUGUGUCUUACACAGGUGAAGAACUGGACUUCGAGACUGUUGGAGACAUCAUUGCCAUCAUUGAGGAUAAGGUAGAUGAUCAUCCUGAAGUGUUGGAUGUGGCAGCUGUGGAAGCAGCACUGUCAUUCUGUGAAGAGAAUGAUGAUCCCCAGUCCCUACCUGGCCCCUGGGAGCAUCCGAUCCAGCAGGAGCGGGACAAGCCAGUACCUCUCCCUACACCAGAGAUGACAGUCAAGCAAGAGAGGUUGGACUUUGAGGAAACAGAAAACAAGGGACUCCAUGAACUGGUGGACAUCAGGGAGUCUGGUGUUGAGAUCAAGGUGGAACCUACAGAACCAGAGCCAGGCAUUUCAGGGGCUGAAAUAGUGUCUGGAGUUGUUCCAGCCACAAGUAUGGAGCCACCAGAACUCAGGAGCCAAGAAUUAGAUGAAGAGCCCAGAAGUGCUGCAACUGGAGAGAUUGGUGAAGCAAAUGGUUCCAGUGGGAAAACUGAUGAGGUGCCGCUUACAUCUGUGAAGACAGAGGCAUCCCCUGAAAGCAUGUUGUCUCCAUCACAUGACUCAAAUCUCAUUGAAGAUCCUUUAGAGGCAGAGACACAGCACAAGUUUGAAAUAUCAGACUCAUUGAAAGAAGAAUCAGGGACUAUUUUUGGAAGCCAGAUAAAGGAUGCCCCAGGUGAGGAUGAGGAGGAAGAUGGAGUCAGUGAAGCAGCCAGCCUAGAAGAACCUAAGGAAGAGGAUCAAGGGGAAGGCUAUUUGUCAGAAAUGGAUAACGAACCCCCUGUGAGCGAGAGUGAUGAUGGCUUUAGCAUACACAAUGCUACACUGCAGUCACACACACUGGCAGACUCUAUCCCUAGCAGCCCUGCUUCUUCACAAUUCUCUGUCUGUAGUGAGGAUCAAGAAGCUAUUCAGGCCCAGAAAAUCUGGAAGAAAGCCAUCAUGCUUGUAUGGAGGGCUGCAGCUAAUCAUAGAUACGCCAAUGUCUUUCUGCAGCCUGUUACAGAUGAUAUAGCACCUGGUUACCACAGCAUUGUACAAAGACCUAUGGAUUUGUCAACUAUUAAAAAAAACAUUGAAAAUGGACUGAUCCGCAGUACUGCUGAAUUUCAGCGUGACAUUAUGCUGAUGUUUCAGAAUGCUGUAAUGUAUAAUAGCUCUGACCAUGAUGUCUAUCACAUGGCAGUGGAGAUGCAGCGAGAUGUCUUGGAACAAAUACAGCAAUUCUUGGCCACACAGUUGAUUAUGCAAACGUCUGAGUCUGGGAUCAGUGCUAAAAGUCUCCGAGGGAGAGAUUCUACCCGAAAACAGGAUGCUUCUGAGAAGGACAGUGUCCCCAUGGGCUCUCCUGCCUUCCUUCUCUCUCUCUUUAUGGGACAUGAGUGGGUUUGGUUGGAUUCUGAACGAGACUGUCAUGACUCUGAGUUGAGCAACAACUACACAUCCCUCUUCAGCUCAUGGGACUCCAGUCUGGAUCUCGAUGUGGGCAACUGGAGGGAAAUUGAGGAUCCAGAGGCGGAGGAACCAGAGGAAAGCAGCCCAGGAAGAGAACCUAGUGAGCUGUUUGUGGGGGACGGAGGCAGUGAGGAAUCUCAGGAAGAAGCAGAGCAAGUCAGCUGCCAGAACCUCCUUCAGUUUCUCUCUGAGGUAGCUUAUUUAAUGGAACCAUUGUGCAUUAGCAGCAAAGCAUCAAGUGAAGGCUGCUGCCCUCCACCUGGUAUCAGGCAACAAGAGGGAAGGAAAAUUGAAGCUACCGAAGGAGAAGGGGACCCUUGCAGCGACACUGAAGAACUUUUAACCAAGAUAGACUCCUUAGUAGCUGAAGAGAAGCUGUUGAGAAAAAACAGAAAGCCAGAAGUGACUCCAGCCCCCUCAGAUAUUUGUGCAACUCAGGGACUACCCACGGAGAGAGAAGAGGGGGAGGCUCAGCAAGAAUCCAGAGGGAAAGACCAGGGUGAAGGGUAUACUUCAGAGAUGGAAGAUCAGCCCGCUUCAGGAGACUCUGAUGAUGGCUUCAGCAUUCAGGAAACUCCACUAGUGGAUAUCCUUUUCAGCCAUGCCAACUCCUCAGAACUGACUGAUCUAAGCCAAGGUGACCCUGUUGAGGAUCAUUUGCCAUUUAAGAAGACUCUUCUGUUAGUAUGGAAGAUGGUUGCCAGUCACAGGUUCAGCAGUCCAUUUCUGAAAGCUGUGUCAGAAAAGCAGGCCCCAGGGUACAACGAUGUGGUGAAAAGACCCAUGGACUUAACUAGCCUGAAGAGGAAUCUAUCUAAGGGACGGAUCCGUACCAUGGCGCAGUUCCUGCGAGACCUGAUGCUGAUGUUCCAAAAUGCUGUUAUGUACAAUGACUCUGAUCAUCAUGUGUAUCACAUGGCUGUGGAGAUGCAGCGGGAAGUCUUGGAGCAGAUUCAGGUGCUGAAUAUUUGGUUAGACAAAAGAAGAGACCUAAGUAGUCAGGAAUCAGUAUCAGCCAACCCAGUGGAUGAUGGAAAUCUGUUCUGUUAACCUGGAGCUGCUGCCACGAUCAUUUCUGCAGUUUUUUACCUUCUCCUUGAGACUGAUCAGAGAAGAUCAAGGACUUGGUUACCACUUCUUAGUUGUCCUUUCUAGUAAGAGUAAUGUCUUACAACCAAGGAGCUGAAAAUGCCUGCGAAUCUGAAUAUUUUUAGAGAUGGUGAUGUGAGGGAACUGAGAUUUGGGUUUCUGCUGUUAACAUUGCCCACGUUUUUUGUUCCUUAAUUUAGAGGUAGAUUUUACUAUUGUUCUAUAAAUAAAUAUUUCAUAAACCA